AUGUCGAGCGACAUCCCAAAGCAAGAAUUUCUCAUCGAUGAUUUGCCCACGACUUCAGUCACCAUCUACCCUUCCCGCGCCCACGUCGUCCGCGACAUCGCAGACGUCAAGCUCCAGCCUGGCCUGAACGAAGUGUCCAUCUACGGAAUCACGCCCGCUGCAGACGAGCAUUCCGUCCAAGUCGACGGCCAUGGCGCAGCCACCAUCACCGACAUGAGCGUCGAGCUCGUCCCCAACCGCGAAAGAUUCGUGGAUCAAUUCUCCGACGAGGACUCCUCCGAUUCCGACGGGGAGGAUCUGACCGACAGCGAAUUCGAGAGCAUGUACCUGAAAGGGCUGGCAGAGGAAUUGCGAAACUUUCAGGACGAACUCGAAGAGGCUCGCGAGGAGCAGAGUUGCGCAAACGACCAGCUGCGUGUGCUCAACGCCUUCAUGGAAUCCAUGAAUGCAAAGCACAAUGAGCCUGCCGAGGCUUCUAAGGCCAUUUCCGCUUAUGGUAACGACAGAACACGUCUCUACAAGCAGUGGACGUAUGCAAAGCGAGAUGUUGAAAGAUUGGAGAAGGCCAUCAGGAAGCAGGAAGCAAAGCUCCAAAGCAAGGCGAAGGAGGAGCGAAAGGUCAAAAAGAAGCAGAGAGAGGAGAAGGAGAAAAAGAGAGCCCAGCGGGCGAGGGAAAGGAAGCGCGUGAGGGACGAGAAGGCCAAGUUCUGGCCGAGGAGGCUCUAUUGCGUCAAGCUGACACUGGAACUCCCCACGGAUACGCCGACAUCGUCGAGGCGCGGCUCAGUUGAAUCGGCCUCGCAACUCGACGAGAAGAAAGCUCUAGCGGACGGUACGGAGAAUACCGUACGCCUCUCCCUCUCGUACGUCGUCCGCGAAGCAUCGUGGUCACCGCGGUACAACGUCAGCAUCUCGUCUACAACGAAGACGGCGACUAUCACUUAUAGCGCUGAGUUCAGCAACAAGACAUCUGAAACUUGGAGGGAUGCCACGGUCACUCUUUCCACUUCACAGACCUCUUACUCCGGCCUCGAUGACAAGGUGCCCGAACUCCGUCCGUGGCCCAUCUUUUUGAGGGACAAGCAUACGUUUGAUGAGGAUGACCAUCUCUGGGAUGCCAAAUUCAGCCCUCAGGAGAAUUUGGCUGGCGGGGAUAUGAACACUCACUGGCCUGGCCAAGACAAGUUCAACCGAUUCGAGUUUUUUGGCCCCGAAAGCUCCCUCUUUGGUGGAAGACCGCCUCGCGCUCCAGCUGCAUCCGUAACCGCAUAUCCUUCGAAGCCUGCUUUUGGGAUUCCAUCUCAACUGGGUCCUGGAUUUAGCUUGGUCAACGUCCCAGGUAGAGGAUUCGGUGGCAACAAUGCAGGUUCAGGUGCAAACCCCUUCUCACCAGGGUCAGCUGUCAACAACGGCAAUGACGGUCCUUCCCAGCACCCACCAGCUACUGGUGGUGGAUUAUUCGGCAAUAGUAAUAACGCGCAACCUGCGCAAGUCGGAGGUCUGUUUGGCAGCAACAGUAAUAACGCGCAACCUGCGCAGGGCGGAGGCUUGUUUGGCGGCAACACCAAUGCUCAGCCGGCCCAAUCAGGGGGAGGAUUAUUUGGAAGCAGCAACAAUAACAACAAUACCCAGCCAGCUGCGGCCAGCAGCCUUUUUGGAAGCAAUACCAACGCACCACCGCCGACUGGUGGACUUUUCGGUAGCAUCGGCGCCAACAACAGUGCUCCACAAGCAGCUCCCUUCACACUCGGUGCCUCCGAGCCGCCUCAGCACUCUUCUCUCCACCAAGAGCCCACCUGGGAAGACUCGGGCAUGACGACCGCCUACGAGCUACCCGGCACGCGCACCCUCGCCCCUUCGUCCCUCGCCCGCCGGCACAAAAUCACCACCAUCACCAUCCGGGACAUCACCCUCUCCUACAUCGCCAUCCCCAAGCUCCGCAAAGGCGCCUUCCUGCGCGCCCAGCUCCGCAAUCCAUCAACCACAAACGACAACAACGACAACGACAACGACAGCGGCAUCACACUCCUCCAAGGUGCAGCCGGGCUCACGCUCGACGGCUCCUUCCUGGGCAACGCGACGCUGCCGCGCACGGCGCCGGGCGAGGACCUCGACCUCGACCUCGGCGUCGACCCGGCCGUGCACGUCGCAUACGCGCCCGCGUUGCUGCGCCGCGGCACGCCGCAGUCGGGACUGCUUCUCGGCCGUGAUACAGUCGACCGCUACGCGCGCUGCACGACCAUCACGAAUGCGCGCAAGGCCGCCGUGCGCGUCACGGUGCGCGAUCAGGUGCCGUUGUCGGAGCAGGAGCGGUUAAGGGUUGAGGUGCUGGAGCCGAGGGGCUUGGUUAGGGGUGGGGGGAAGGUUAGGGCGGGAGUGGCGGCGGAAGAGGAGAAGGGGGAGAGGAAGGCUGGCGGAGCGUGGUGGGGCGAGGUGACGGCGGAGAUGAAGGAGGGGAAUGUAGUGGAGUGGACGGUGGAGUUGGAGAAGGGGAAGAGUUGCAAGUUGCCGUUGGAGUGGGAGGUCAGGAUGCCGGGGGAUAAGAGGACCGCUUUUUCGUAG